GGGGUGCUUCCCGGCGCGGAGAGGCGAGGAGGCCGCUAGGGAAGGCGCGGGUGGAGCCGGGACUGGCCGGAGAGGCGGUUUGGGAGGACGGUUCGGCGGGGCGUCUCUCCUCCUUCUGGGGGCUCGGAGUGGCAAUCCGGGGAGAGCUCAUCGCCGGCUGCUCCCCUCCUUCCACCCCGCGGAUUAAAAUUGUACAUGCAGUUGUUGACAUGAAUGCAUAAAUACUGCUAUGCACUCCUCAAGGCAACAUCAUCUUAAAUGUCUCCUAAAUGUGUAAUGCUGGUGGAACGCUUUUGCAGAUUGAAGUUGGCAGAAUAUUGAAAGGACUUGCAACAUGUUAUGUUGGGGAAAUGCAUCUUUUGGACAACUUGGAUUGGGCGGUAUUGAUGAAGAGAUUGUCCUGGAACCCAGAAGAUGCAGUUUCUUUGUAAACAAAAAAGUUCAAGAUGUCGGCUGUGGACUGAGGCAUACCGUGUUUGUAUUGGAUGAUGGGACUGUGUAUACCUGUGGAUGUAAUGAUUUAGGACAGUUAGGCCAUGAAAAAUCUAGAAAACGACCAGAGCAAGUUGGUGCCUUGGAUGCUCAAAACAUUGUCACUGUUUCUUGUGGAGAAGCCCACACGUUAGCAUUAAAUGACAAGGGUCAAGUCUAUGCCUGGGGUUUCGCUGUGGAUGGGCAGCUGGGCUUAUCUGGCACUGAGGAAUAUACCAGAGUCCCCAGGAACAUUAAAAGCUUAUCAGACAUUCAAAUUGUACAAGUGGCCUGUGGCUACUUCCAUUCCCUUGCACUUUCUAAAGGAAGUGAAGUUUUUUCCUGGGGUCAGAAUAAGUAUGGACAAUUAGGAUUAGGUUAUGAAUAUAAAAAACAAGCAUCUCCACAAAUAAUCAAAUCUUUAUUAGGGAUCCCUUUUGCCCAAAUAGCAGCAGGCGGUGCCCAUAGCUUUGUACUUACUCUUUCUGGAGCAGUCUUUGGAUGGGGCCGAAACAAAUUUGGACAACUUGGUCUUAAUGAUGAAAAUGAUAGAUACGUCCCCAAUCUCCUGAAGUCACUAAGAUCCCAAAAAAUUGUUUAUAUCUCCUGUGGAGAAGAUCAUACUGCAGCUCUUACAAAGGAAGGUGGAGUGUUUACUUUUGGAGCUGGAGGCUAUGGGCAAUUAGGUCAUAACUCUGCUGCGCAUGAGAUAAACCCCAGAAAAGUUUUUGAACUUAUGGGGAACAUUGUCACACAAAUUGCCUGUGGAAGGCAGCACACAUCUGCAUUUGUUCCCUCGACUGGAAGAAUUUACUCUUUCGGUCUUGGAGGGAAUGGACAGUUAGGCAUGGGAACAACCAGUAAUAGGAAAAGUCCCUUUCCAGUUAAAGGAAAUUGGCUUCCAUAUAAUGGCCAAAUUCCACUGAAUUCAGAUGGUGAAGAUUAUUAUUGUGUAAAGAGGAUUUUUUCUGGUGGAGACCAAAGCUUUUCACAUUAUGUUACUCCACAGGAUUUGAUACCAGCAGAUGACUUCAGAUAUCCGAAUGCUUCAAAACAAAUCUGGACUGUGAACGAAGCUUUCAUUCAGAGAUUAAUCAACUAUUCGUCUUCAGGUGCAGGGAGACUCCCUGUGGAGAUAGCAAAUGAAAUAGAUGGAAUGUUUUCUUCUGCUGGCUGCCUAAAUGGAAGCUUUUUAGCUGUCAGCAACGAUGAUCACUACAAAACGAGUGCCAGAUUCUCAGGGGUGGAUAUGAAUGCUGCUAGGCUUUUAUUUCACAAACUUGUACAGCCAGAACACCCACACAUAUCUCAGCAGGUGGCAGCCAGCUUGGAGAAGAAUCUUAUUCCUAAGCUGACCAGCUCCUUGCCUGAUGUGGAAGCAUUAAGACUAUUUCUAACCCUGCCAGAAUGCCCCUUGAUGAACGAAUCAAACAAUUACAUGACUUUGGCUAUUCCAUUUGCAACGGCUAUCGUGAAUCUAGAAAAGGCUCCAUUGAAAGUACUUGAAAACUGGUGGUCUGUAUUGGAACCUCCAUUGUUCCUCAGAAUAGUGGAACUUUACAAAGAUGUUGUAGUCCAUCUUCUGAAGCUGUACAAGUUGGGUAUCCCUGCUUCAGAGCAAAGAAUCUUUGCAAGCUGCCUACAUGCUUCACUCAAAGUUUUGGAAAUAUUACAUAGGGUGAAUGAAAGAGGUGGGCAGAUAAUACAGUAUGAUAAAUUCUACAUACAUGAAAUACAGGAUUUGAUUGAUAUAAGAAAUGACUACUUCAGCUGGAUCCAGCAGCAGGCAUAUGGAAUGGAUAUCAGCCAUGGAUUAAAUGAGGUGUCAGAUGGACCAGUUACAAUUUGCACCUAUCCCUUCGUAUUUGACGCCCAGGCAAAGACAACACUCUUGCAAACAGAUGCAGUCCUGCAGAUGCAGAUGGCUGUUGACCAGGCUCACAGACAGAAUUUCUCAUCUAUUUUUCUCCCAGUAUUUGAAUCUGUCAAUCCAUGUCUGAUCUUAAUUGUGCGCAGAGAAAAUAUCGUGGGGGAUGCCAUGGAAGUUCUAAGGAAAACACAAAAUCUAGAUUACAAGAAACCUCUCAAGGUUAUUUUUGUAGGUGAGGAAGCUGUUGAUGCAGGUGGAGUCCGCAAAGAAUUUUUCCUACUUAUUAUGAGAGAACUGUUAGAUCCCAAGUAUGGAAUGUUUAGAUACGAUGAAAAUUCGAGACUGAUCUGGUUCUCAGACAAGACCUUUGAAGACAGUGACUUGUUUCACCUGAUUGGUGUUGUUUGCGGACUAGCAAUAUAUAAUUUUACUAUUGUAGAACUUCACUUUCCAUUGGCUUUAUAUAAGAAGCUUCUGAAUAAGAAACCUUCCCUGGAAGACCUCAAAGAGUUAAUGCCUGAUGUUGGCAGGAGUAUGCAACAAUUGCUAGAUUAUCCAGAAGAUGAUGUGGAAGAUACUUUCUGCCUCAACUUUACAAUUACGGUUGAAAACUUUGGUGCCACCGAAGUUAAAGAGCUAAUUCCCAAUGGCGCCGAUAUCCCUGUUGUCAAACAGAAUAGGCAAGAGUUUGUGGAUGCCUACGUGGACUACAUCUUCAAUAAAUCUGUGGCUUCUCUCUAUGAUGCAUUCCACGAAGGCUUUCACAAAGUGUGUGGCGGUAAAGUUCUUCAGCUGUUUGAGCCCAAUGAACUGCAAGCAAUGGUGAUUGGGAACACAAACUAUGAUUGGAAAGAACUAGAGAAGAAUACUCAGUACAAAGGAGAAUAUUGGGCAGAACAUCCAACAAUUAAAUUGUUCUGGGAAGUUUUUCAUGAGUUACCACUGGAAAAGAAGAAACAGUUUUUGUUGUUUUUGACAGGGAGUGAUCGUAUUCCUAUACUUGGAAUGAAGAGCCUUAGUCUUAUUAUCCAACCAACUGGAGGUGGAGAUGGAUAUCUUCCAGUAUCUCAUACAUGUUUUAAUCUCCUUGAUCUUCCAAAAUAUACCAAUAAGGAAAUACUCAGAUCGAAGUUGAUCCAAGCAAUCGAUCACUGUGAAGGCUUCAAUUUAGUAUAAUGUAAAAACUCGGCACCAUCCAGUCAUUUAAUUGAGAACAUUAAGCCAAUGCUUAGAUCCGCUUUGCAGUGUAAAUGAGAGAUACCCAAGUGGUGAUGAUUAUAAGCUUGUUCAUAAACUAUAUUCAGUGGUCUGAUUCUUUCAACAGGAGCCAAAAAUCCUUCUAUUAAUGAUUGUCUUGAUGCGAACUGUGGAAUUGCAUUUUGCCAUCUUAACAAUAAAAAUGCAGUGUUGGAAUAAACACUAUGAAGUUUCAUAACUAAAUUUUAGUAUUUCACAUAUUGCAAAAAUGUUGCUGUGUGUGUGAAAGAUGUGCUUUUCUUUUCAAAUCACUGGAAGUCAAAUGAUUUUAAUUUUGUUAAAAGACUUUAAAAAAAUAAAAUAAAAUAAGCUCUAGCCAUAGAGUAUUUAUUGCUUUAUGGAACUGAGGCUGCUUCGUUAAAGUUAAACAGAAAGAGAAAGCAAGUACAAUAACUUUAUCCACAUUUGGAGAUGGGUUUGGUGAAAAGACAGUGAUUUACCAUACCAAGGAAAAUUUAUAUAGCAACCAUUUCAUCUUGAAACUUUUUUUUCAAUGAAAGCAAUCAAGAGGAUGUCAGUGCCAUUUUUUUUGACAAUUCCUUCACACGUCCAUGGAGUUGUGAUUUGUUAAUUAAAACUAUGAAAGAAAAAUACCUUUCUUAAAAUUUGAGAUUUGAUUCAUGGUAAUCCAAAUAAAACUGGGAUGUUUGGCAUAAGUCCAGAAUUAUCAGCAAAUUCUACUUUUUUCUCUUGGGCAGAACUAAGAUUUUGUCUUUCUUACUGGAAAGACGGUAAUUAUUGGAGUAGCUUUAAAAUUUUGGUUAAAUUAUUUACUUUUGUUCAGAGUUUUUUAAGGACUUGGGUCGUCAUUGGAGGUGAUGACUGAACAGAGCAGGUGGAGUUAUUGGGGGGAGGGGUCAAGUUUAAUUAAAUUCCUGAAUAUUUACAUGUUAAUAGUACGUGACUUUCAGCUGUGAAACAAAUAUUUAUUUUUUUUAGAUUUAUAAAUUGCGGUGAAACAAUUCAAGCAUAAAAUAAAAAUAUUUGAAUGAAAAUG